AUGGCAGCAAACCCCUUGGAAAUUCAACCAAACCUGAAAGCACAAGAGAUGGCUCUCUCUCUAGAACCACCGAAACACGCGGGAGAAAUUAAAUCAGCCACACGAGUAACUGGAGGACCAGCAACUCCUAGGAAAGGACCACCAAAGUUCAAACAGCGGCAAACAAGACAGUUUAAGAGCAAGCCGCCAAAGAAAGGAGUACAAGGGUUUGGUGAUGACAUUCCUGGAAUGGAAGGAUUAGGCACAGACAUCACUGUCAUCUGCCCCUGGGAGGCCUUCAGUCACCUGGAACUACACGAACUGGCACAAUAUGGUAUCAUUUGAAAACGGCAUCUGUCCCAGAAUUCCAUG